AUGGAUAAGUUUUUGAAUUCUAGUAGAAAACGUGAUAAUCCAGAAGUAAUUUCAAAUAUUGAAAAGAAACAAAAAAUCAGAAAAUAUGAUGAUAGUUAUUUGAAUUUCGGAUUUACUAGCACUGUUGUUGCAAACGUAGAACAUCCCCAGUGUGUUGUUUGUUUGAAAGUAAUGGCUGUAGAAAUAAAUGACGUGUUUCAUGAAGAUUUACUAUUUUGUAAAACUAUUGUUGGUGAAACAAAAGCAGCAGAUUUAUUUAAUAUAUUAGAUUCUUUCAUAAUUGAAAACAACAUUGUUUGGGACAGAUGUUUUGGUGUUUGCACCGAUGGAGCUCGCUCUAUGGCAGGUUGUUAUAAUGGUUUACAAGCACUCGUUAAAAAAAAAGCCCCUAACGCUGUAUGGACGCACUGUAUUAUUCACAGAGAAGCUCUCGCUUCAAAAAUUAUUAGUCCAAGUCUUAAUGAAGUCUUGCUGUCUGUUAUUGAAAUAGUUAAUUUCAUCAAAACUCGACCUAUAAAGUCCCGGUGUUUUAAAAAAAUGUGUGAAGACAUGGGAGCUGAGCAUACCUCACUUUUGUAUUAUUGCAACUCCCGUUGGCUUUCACGAGAAAACGUGUUGAAAAGAUUAACUAAAAAAAUUACUUCUUUUAAAAGAAAAUUAGUCUUGUGGAAGAAUAAAAUGGAUGAAGGUGCUUUAAAUGACUGUUUUCCCACAUUGUAUAUGUUCCUUCAUGAAAAUAAUUUAAACUUGAUAGAAUCUAUCAAAUUAGUAUUCAUGGAACACUUAUCACAACUUAUUGUUCACUUCCAAAAUUAUUUUCCCGAGGACGAUCAACAACGAAAUUGGAUUAAAGAUCCUUUUACUACUGAUCUACCGUCAGAAUUAACAAUUACUGAACAAGAACAACUGAUAGACUUGUACUCAGAUUCAGUAUCAAAAUCCAAAUUUGUAUCAUUAUCUUUACCAGAAUUUUGGAUAGCUAUGAAGAAGCAAUAUCCGAUCGUAGCCAAUAAGGCUAUCAGGACUUUAAUUCCAUUUGCUUCUUCAUACUUAUGUGAAACGGGUUUUUCGGCCUUAGCAGUUAUCAAAAGUAAAUACAGAGGAAAACUAAAUACCGAAAAGGAAAUGAGAAUCGCACUAUCAAAAUUUACCCCACGAUUUGAUGAUUUAAUGCAACAAAAACAAGCACAGCCGUCCCAUUAA